AUGGCUCAUUUUGUACAAGACCCAAAGCUACCUGAAUUAGAAACUGUGAAACAGGGGGGCCUGAGUGCUGGAGUCCAUGAGGGCACUGGUGCAAAGGGGGUGUCAUGUGGGGUCCCCGUGAGAGAGCUGCAGCAGCUCUGGGUGCGGGAGGCAGAAGACUCCAUGGUGAAGAGUCUGGAGAGAGAGAACAUUUGGAUGAUGCGGGGCCUUCUGUUCCGGUGCAGUGCCAGUGCUGUGAGGACAGCCAGGCAUCCAUGCAGCCGGGUACACCAGUGCAGUGAGCGCUGCUGUGCACCUCUGGCCCAGGCCCAGCUGGAGAAGUCCCAGGACCACCUGGCCCAGUGCACCAUGCAUUGCGAUGACAAAGCCAAAGAUUCAAUAGAUGCAGGAAGUAAAGAGCUUCAGGUGAAGUGGCAGCUGGAGACUUGUGGGGAUGACCAUAUGCCCAUCCCGACCGUGACCAAGAAGAUGAAGAAGUCUCUUAUCCAUUGGGAAAUAGAAGUCUUUGCAAUUGGCCAUCAGGGUUGA